UUUCUGAGAUAGAAUAUCUACACACAAAGUAACUUUCCAUCUAUCCAUCUAUCUAUCUAUCUAGACUUGAAUAAAGUCAAAGUUAGUUGACUUUGGACUUGAUUUUACUCUCUCUCUCUCUCUCUCUCUCUUUCUCAUACGCUUCUACAUCUUCAAAUAAACACCCAAACAUCAACUCAAUACCCAACCUUCAAAAUGGCGACCGGUUUCCUCCACCACAUCGGUACAUUCCUGCUCUUCGCAUCUUCCAUCCUCCUCCUCAUAACCACCAUUUCCGCUCCCGUCAUCAAUGAUAUCGGAAUCAUGAAGGUCAAAUUGACAAACGGAACCGAUUCCCACAAUUCCGUGGUUUCAUUUGGUACUUUUGGAUAUUGUGUUUUGGAUGUUGAUUCAAAUGGAAACGACUACUGCACUAAAAAACACAUCGGCUACAACCCCGCCGCCAUCAUGUCCCAAAUCGAAUCCACCGAUUUCAGCACCGCCAGCGAAGACACCACCAAAGCCCUCACCCGCGUGAUGAUCCUCCACCCCGUCGCAUGCGGAGUCAUGUUUAUCGCAUUUCUCCUCGCACUCGGCGCCGGUCUCAUUGGUUCUUUCCUCGCGGCUCUCGUCUCUAGCAUCGCAUUCAUCAUUGCUUUGGUAGCGAUGGCGUGCGAUUUUGCGCUCUUUGGAAUCAUCAAAAACCAUGUCAAUGGAGAUGGAAGUGGAAGUCAUGCGUAUUUCAGCGUGGGUAUCUGGUGUAUCUUGGCGGCUAUGAUUGCGGGAUUUUUGGGCGCCGUCGUCGUGUUUGUUACGUGUUUGAGUAAGAGAAUGCAUAAGAAGAAGACGAGGAGUGCGAUUGGAGAGAAGGGUUAUGUUGGAGGUGUGAGACCUGCUAAGAGACACUUUUGGCAGCGACGCAGCAGAUACUAGGGGAUAUUCUGGUUCUGAGAUGGAUGGGAGUGGAGUUUGAUGAAAGGAAGGGAAGAUGGGGAAGUGCAUAGCUGGGGAAGAGAAUCGAUGGACUAGAUGAAACUGAAUCUGGUAAUGAAAGGAGAGGAGAGGAGAGGAGAGGAACGACUUACAUAAUGAUACGACCGCUACGACAUUCCAUUUCCUUUAUACCAUCUGUACUUUUCAAGCGAGAGAUACCAUACUACACAUUGGCGCUUUGGUGUACUCUAGUUUACUUGCGUACGUUUCAUAGCAGCGAUAUAGAUCGCCGUAAUAAUAAACAUUUUCUAUAAAUUUGAAUUUGUAUUUGUAUUUGUAUUUGAA